AUGGUAUGGGUUCACUAUCCAGGGCUUAGUUUGGAGUAUUGGGAUGAAGAAACUUUAUUUACUAUUAGUAUAGCAAUUGGAACUCCUAUCAAAGUUGAUGCAGCUACUUUACAAUACCAGAGUGGAUAUUAUGCAAAAGUUUUAAUUGAGAUUGAUUUAGCUAAAACAAUUCCCAAUAAGCUUUGGAUAAUUACUAAGUAUGAAGCAUUCUCUCAGGGUGUAACUCUUACCAAACUUCCUAAAUUUUGUACUAAAUGCAAAAUUGUGGGUCACUUAACUACAGAAUGCAGAGUUUCACAACAAUCUUCAAAAGCAGGCAGUUCUAAUCAGGUGGAGAAGGUGAUUAUUAUUGAACAAAAUCAAAGCUCUCCAUCCUCAAGUUUGAUGCCUUCUGAGCAUCAAAAAUCCAGUCAAAUUCAAAAUCCUCAUAACUCUGGUAAUUCUAUUAUACCCCCAAUAACUUUAGACAUUGCUAAACUUUUUCAGCAUCCUCAUGUUUCCAUGGAAAACCGUCCAACUGAAGUUACUGAGAUAAAUUCUGAUCUGAAUGUUAUCAAUUCUACUGUUGAUAUCAAAGUUACACAUAACCUCUUUGAAGUAUUACAAGAAAACGAUAAUGAGCUUACAGAACCUGAAGAUGGGGAAAUUAAGGAAAUUAAUGCAACCAAGCUUUUAGAAUUUGGUACUAUCCCUCAAAAUAUUACUAUUAUCCCAAGAAUUUCAACUAGCUCUCAGUCAAGUGAAGAAGUGGGUUCUUCUAAAUCUUCAAAGAAAAAGCCUCAUCUAAAGCCAGCAGUUGUCACAAGAAAAGCUAUUAAAGAAUCUCUUAAGCAUAUGAUUGAUAAGGGGAGUUUAUCUCCUCAACCACCACCUUUUAAAUGA